UUUUUUUAAUUUACCACGCAACGUCGUGCAGCGUGCCACGAGUUGCCUGCCGUGCAGGGGGAUCAUGUGCCUGUCCAACCCCUUAUCCCAUGGGUUGUUGAAGGACCUUGGCAAACUCUCGGAGUUGAAACAACGAGGACUGAUUCUUGACCGUCACUUCGAGACGAUAAAGGCACAUGUGAAGGCGGGCAACUCCGUUGCGAAGGAGCGAUGGGACGCAAUCGAGAACGCAUGGGGGCUGAAGCAGACGGGUGUCUUCAACGAAGAAGAGUGGAUCACGCAGAUUGACGCAGGGUCAGGGUAUUACCAGCAGCACCCGUCCGUGGUUUUUAACGCCACAAGAUGCGGGCGGCGCGCGAGGUGCACCAUCUUCGCACCCACCGGCUGCUACUGCUGCGGCUGCCGGGAAGAGAAAGGUCGCAGAUCGGGGGAAGCAAGCCAGGGAUCGAGCUGCCCAAGGUGUUCUAGGUGGCAACAUCAUCAACGCGUUCGCUCGUGGCAGCGGAAAACCGGUGAAUUGAGCGGACUCGCCGUGGUGUCACAGAGCAUGUGUCCGGUAUCAACUUCACCUCCGGCCCCGGAGCGGCGCAUACCGUGUCCUUACUGUCCCAUGACCUUCGUGAACGAGCAAGGACUUGGGAUCCACGUGAAAACACAGCACAGCAAUGCAAACAUGUCCAACGGCUUGCGGCUGCAGCGGAUGCUAGGGAAGACUCCCAAAGGGUAUGUUCAGCCGUGGGGAGAAGCCGGGCCUGGACGUUGUUGGCACGUGAAGGUCGAUGGUGCGACGGGGGCGGCUUCGUUCGUCCUCCAACGGAAGCGCUUCCGCGAUCUCGACUUGGAAAGCGACGGCUUUACGGACCGCANAGGAAGACGCCGCAGACCUCUUCAAGGAGGAGCAGCUCACGCCUCUCCAAUACUUAGAGGACCGUCUCAAGGUUGA